CGCAUUGCUUUAUCUUACCGUAUAUCACAGCACGCAGAGCAAAGUACCGAAAGCAGAAAUGUCGCGCUCGGCGGGUCGCGGUGACUCUCAGCCCUCCGACAGUGCAGUCGCGGACGCUGAGGUGGCGUGGAGGAGCGGCGGCUCCGGCUCUGGCACCGGCGGUGGCGCCCACAACGUGCCUGGGGCGCUGCGAGACCCCAGCGAGGUGGCGGCGGAGCUGGCCAGCCGCGUGUUGGAGGCCGCCUCGGGUGGCGGCGGUGCAGGCGAGCCUAGCAGCAGCGGCCCCGCCAGCCCCGCUGCUGCUACUGCCGACCUUGCUGCUGCUGCUGCCGACCUCGCCGCUGCUACUGCCGGCCACGGGCACGGGCACGGCGGCGACCCCCCGCGUCAUGACGUUGUCCCCGAGGGGCUGCGGCACACCAGCGAGGCCGCCGCCGACCUCGCCAACGCAAUACUGCAGCGCAUCUACGGCGGCGGCGGCGGCGGUAGCAGCCAUGGCAGUAGCAGCGGGCGGGAGGUGGCGGGUAAGGUGGAGCAGCGUGGCGCCGGCGGUGGCGCCGGGAAGGGGGGCGUGCGCGCGAGGGCUGAUGUGGUGCCGGAGGAGCUGCGCCACACGAGCGAGGCGGCGGCGGAGCUGGCCAACCGGGUGCUGCAGGCGCUGAGCGGCCAGCUGCACCGCGGCCACGAGCUGCGGACCGGCCACCCCGCGGAGGAGCACGAGCAGGAGGGGCGGGAGGCGGCCGCGCGUGGCAAGCGCGGUGGCAAGGAGUAGGAGUGGGAUAGCCAGGAAGCGUACAUGCGCCGUGCGUGCGGGGUAUUGAUGUUGAUGAUGAGAUUGUACAUGCGUUUGUAGGUCACUGCGUGUAGGUAGUUAGAGCAAUAGAGGGUGGGAUGUGACAUGGCAGUUCUGGCUUGGUUGAACCAAACCUUAACGGUAAACAGUACAUAAAGGUGGAGUAUUCAUUAGGAAAAGGUUCGCUUGCUCGACGCGUAUAAGCUGUCGGUUCUUCAGCGAUUGUGAUGAAUCCGAGUUGAAACCG